AUCUCGUUAUGUUUUCCCCACUAAACAGUCAUUUGAGUGGAAAUGAGGCCUUCGAUGCCCACAAUCAGCGAUUACCCCGUCUAUCACGACGACUAUCACCGCCGAUACAACAACUCCGGCUUUGAGCCGAAGAAAGCCGCGCAGAACUUGACGCCAAUCAUUGUGUUCAGCAAUGAGUCGAAAGCGUCGGCCAAACGCUCGCCAAUCGGUCGCAAGUCGUCGCUAACGCCGAGGAAUGUGUUGAAAACGGUUUUCAUACUGUUUUGCGUGGGAAUGGCUUUAUUCCAGACGAUAGACAUCUUCAAGAAGUACUCGUCGUUCCCGAUGGACGUCAAUGUAGUGGUGGACGAGAUGAAACUGUUGCAGUUCCCGGCCGUCACGCUCUGCAACAACAAUGUAGUCCGAAAGGCGUAUUUAUUGCAAGAGUUUCCGCAUUUGAGACAACAAUUGGGAGAUUCGGUGAGAAUGACAGCAAUUGUCGCCUUUUCUCAAACCAUUGCUAAACAGAGAGAAGACGUGGAGAACUACACGAAGCAUUGGAUCCAAAACACGACUUUAAACAAAACGUUGGAUUUCGCGCCCGAAUUGACUGAUUUCGUGAAGAAGAUGGAGUGCGACACUCAAUACGAUCCCGAAGACAAGACAACGCGCAAAAUCAAGUGCAGCGACAAAGCGGUCAUCACUUCUCUCCAGAAGGACGGCAUUUGUUUCACGUAUUUCCACCAAAUGGCCAGAAUUGAGAAACGCCCCGACAAUUGCCGCCUUCUCGGCACUUGCUCCAAAUCCGAGGUCUCGUUCGACACCAACGAAAUAAUUCGCUUCGAACUGGAUUUCGAGCCCAAAGAGUACACGUCUUGGAAACUGCCCAUCAGUGGUCGCAUCUCCAUCCACGACAACACCGAAGUGGUCUCGUUCGACACCAACGAAAUAAUUCGCUUCGAACUGGAUUUCGAGCCCAAAGAGUACACGUCUUGGAAACUGCCCAUCAGUGGUCGCAUCUCCAUCCACGACAACACCGAAGUGGGCAACUCGCUCUCCAACAGCUACAACCUGGAGCCGGGCUUCUACUACCAGUUCUACAUCAAGAGACAGUCGACGCGAAUGCUGAAGACGCCGUACGCCACCAAUUGCUUCGAUUACGUCCAAUCGGAGGGCCGGAGAGUGAACGCGACGCAAGACUUCUCGAUUCCGUUGUCGCGAAAGUCCGUUUCCAUAGCAAUGCAUAUCCGGCUGCACUUCGAAGUACACGAUCGCGCAGUGCUUCUGUUGGCCGCCGGAACUGCCGUACAUUCGCAACAACGGUCUGGACGCCAACCGCUCGCUCUCGUGGUGUAUGUGGCGCUUCCGAGACGGUUAGUGCUGUGCUGUGUGUCGCGCGCUCUGACAAUGUCGCCCAACUAUUACGGCAUGUGUUGGGACAAAGCGAAGCGCAUGCAGUGUUCGAUGCGCUGUCAGCCGAGCUGUUGGCAGGACCACUACGAGCUCAGUGUCCAGAAACUGCCCUUCGAGUACUACGGCAAGAAGGGCUGGGAUUCGGGGAAUGAGGCGAAAAGGAACCGGUCAUCCGUGGUGUCGAUCCGCUACUGGACAACGGAGCACACGAUCCACAAAUACUCGCCGCUCUUCGCGAUUCUGGACAUGAUCUGUUACGUGGGAGGCGUGGUGUCGAUGUACACCGGCAUCUCUUUGAUCGCGAUUUCCGACUUCUUUAUUCUCUCGUUCUUUGUGUUGAAGAAAAAAUACACAAAAAGCAUUCUUUUGAGCGCGAAGAAGAAACGGGGAUUCACUUUCGGGGAAAUGGCCGCCAAAUUGGACCAAAAUCCAAUCUGGUUGACGGCCGCCAUCUUUGGCGAACAGCCCUUCGACGCCGCGACGGCCGCUCGCGCUCUCCAAUUGCUCCACAUUUCGGACGACAGAGUGUUGAAUGCGAUGCAAGAGAUUCCUGAAACGAGAGGUCAAAGUGGCGACCCUUUGGAUCCGUUUGAGGCGAGACUUCACGAAUUGCUUCGCGUUUAUUCGCCGUCUCUGAAGGCUUUGGUUCACGAAAUGUGCGGAAACGGAAUCAUGUCUGCCAUCGACUGUCGUCUCGCGAUCGACGUCAACACCAAUGGACACGGCGUCCAACGCGUGAUCCUAACAAUUGACAGCAAGUUCUUGGAAUUCAAGAAAUUC